CCUAUCCGCUAAGUUCGGAGAGAGAAGAAAACGAACAUUUAACGAGAAAGAAAAAACAUAAAAUUUUCUACCAAAAAAAAACAUAAAAUUCCUUACAGUCGCACGCGCCACCGACUGCUCCGUUUUGCGUAAGAUGGACCAGCGAUUGCCGAAGACGGAGGCACAGCAAAGGAACGCGGAUUCCUCUUCGCUGCCCGAUCCGAGCCCCAAGGUUGACUCCACAAUCGGGGAGAAUUGUCGUGAGGACCCGAAUGGAGACUCAGCUAACAAAAAUGGCGAUGCCAAGCUGGGAUCGGAGAAUCCGCAGUCUUCCGAGGAAGCUCAGCUGGAACAAAUGCAAGGGUCUUUCCGGGGUGGAUCGGGGAGGAAAUCGGUUCAUUGGAGUCCUGACUUGGUGACUGAUUCUCGGGCUUCAAAUGGAGGCGAUGAGAGGGUAGGAAAUGUGCGGGAAUUCCUGGGGAGGUUCGGAAGGAGAGUCGGGGAAGCCGCCAAGAAAGCUGAGACUCUUGCCGGCAACACAUGGCAACACUUGAAAACGUCCCCUAGUUUUGCUGAUGCUGCACUAGGAAGGCUUGCCCAAGGAACAAAGGUCUUAGCAGAAGGAGGUUAUGAGAAUGUCUUCCGGCAAACAUUUGAGACUGUUCCAGAGGAGGUGCUUCAAAAUUCAUUCGCUUGUUACCUCUCAACAUCAGCUGGUCCAGUUAUGGGAGUGUUAUAUGUCUCCACAGCAAAGCUGGCAUACUCCAGUGACAGCCCUCUGUCUUAUAAAGCAGAUGGAAAAACUGAAUGGAGCUACUAUAAGGUGGUCAUCCCAUUGCAUCAGCUUAAGGCAGUUAACCCUUCGACAAGCAGAGCAAAUGCAGCAGAGAAAUAUGUGCAGGUGAUCUCGGUGGAUAAUCAUGAAUUUUGGUUUAUGGGGUUCUUAAACUACCAUGGAGCCGUGGAAUGCCUACUGGACGCCAUGCAUGCCCAGACCGCUGCAUGAUACCGUCUCCUUGUCUAAAUUCUUUCUAAACCAUUUUUUUUCAAAUCACAUAGUUUUCUACUGAUCUGAUGACCAUACGAACUGCAACGUAAAGUUUUUAUUUAUUUUUAUGCUUCCCAAGUAAAUUUUUCUCUAUUCAUGGAAACUAAACAACUAGGUAACUUUAGGUCAUAAAUGUUUUUUUUUUCUUGAAGAAAAGAAAGAUCUUUGUAUGAUGGAUAGGGAAUGUAGAACU